CGGGCUAAGUGGACAGUAACGCGCGCUGCCUCAUGUAGAGCUCUGUUCGCAAGGAAACCCCGUUCAGCAAAACGGGGCGCACGUUGAGAUGCGCCUGUCGGCGAAGCGGCUGGAAGUCGUAAGGUGUGCGCGCAGAGUAACCGCGCUUCCCGCAGACUAGAGGGAACCCCCCUCCCGCGGGAUCCCCGCAGCAUCUCCCCUCGGCAGAUCUGAAGUUGGGACUUGGAGGGGAAAAAUUUGCUGACGUUCCGACUAGGGUCCGUCCGACUUCCUACUGGCUCGACUUUUGCCCCCGUUCUGCAAGCAAAGCAAAGCAAAGCGGGGCUCCGGGAGGGGCUAAGAAAAGUCCCCAGAGAGAGCGGGACUGGAACCCACGCCUGCUUCUCCGGAGUAGCCGCCGGGCACCCGACCGCUUUUACGUAGCCGAGGAAAGAGGGAGGGGAAAGCCACACUUCCUCAUCACAUCGGGGCGUAGGGCAGGCUUAUAAAGUGCAGCUCCCGCUGUUUCCGUAGAGGUUUAUGGAACGGGUGAAUAAAAGCAAACGCGGUAUCCAAUUGCUGCUGCGAUUUCUUCGGCCGGCAACGGAGGCGCAGCGCGGACUCGGAGCUAAGUCGUGCGGUCAGACAAUGGGGCUUCACUCCGAAAACAGCAAAACCGACGAUAAGCCUCCGAAGUUAAACACCUGCCCGGGCAAGGUCUUCUGUAACAUUAAGGUGUUUGUGAUCUGCCAUGGCUUGAUGCAGUUGUCUCAGCUCCUCUACAGUGCUUACUUUAAGAGCAGCCUGACGACUAUCGAGAAGCGCUUUGGCCUCUCCAGCUUGUCCUCUGGUUUUAUCUCCAGUUUACAUGAGAUUGGUAAUGUCGUCCUCAUCAUCUUUGUGAGCUACUUUGGCAGUCGAAUUCAUCGACCUCGGAUCAUUGGCCUGGGAGGUUUGCUGUUGGCACUAGGGGCCUUCCUUUUGACUCUUCCACAUUUCCUUUCUGCUCCAUAUGAAUAUUCCUCAGCACAGAUCUAUAACCAGAGCAGCCACACCAGAUUAGAGCUCUGCCAAGGGGAAUUUAACUGUUCCAAUGCCACUGUGAACAUCCAGGCAGAGGCCAGCAUCAUGUGGGGACUGAUGAUACUUGCCCAACUCUUGGCUGGAAUUGGGACAGUCCCUAUCCAGCCUUUUGGAAUUUCCUAUGUGGAUGACUUUGCUGAGCCAAACAAUUCUCCCUUGUACAUAGCAAUCUUAUUUUCCAUCUCAGUGUUUGGCCCAGCUUUUGGCUACUUACUUGGUUCUGCAGCACUGAGGAUAUUUGUGGAUUUUGGACGGGUUAACCUGAAGAAUGUAAACUUGACCCCAGGUGACCCACGUUGGAUUGGAGCAUGGUGGUUGGGCCUUCUCAUUGCCUCUGCGUGUUUGCUACUCAAUUCCAUUCCCUAUUUCUUCUUCCCUCGAUACAUGCUGAAAGGGAAGGAGGCAUCUGAGGUGGAUAUCCUGAAGAAGAUUGAGAAAGCAAAGGCAGAGGAAGAGUCCCUGAUGGUUUUUAUCAAAAAGUUCCCACAAGGCUUCCUAAGACUGCUCCUCAAUCCACUCUUCAUUUUGUUGGUCUUGACGCAGUGCAGCUUCUCCUCUAUUCUUGCUGGGCUUUCUACCUUCCUCAACAAGUAUCUGGAAAAACAAUUUGGUGCUACCUCCUCCUAUGCUAAUUUCCUCAUUGGAUCUGUGAAUUUACCUGCAGCUGCACUAGGGAUGCUCUUUGGAGGGUUCCUCAUGAAGCGUUUUGGUUUCUCACUCAAAACCAUCCCACGUUUCACCAUUGUGGUGUUACUUUUCUCCACCCUUUGCUAUCUUCCUCUCUUUUUUAUGGGCUGCUCCUCGCAGAACGUGGCUGGAAUUCAUCUGUUCAGUACAUCAAGUUCCCCAGAACAGGAUCCAUGUAACCAUCAGUGCUCCUGCUCAAAGGAUCUCUUCCAUCCAGUCUGCGGAGAUGAUGGUGUGGAGUAUCUCUCUCCCUGUCACGCUGGCUGUACUGGUUUCUUCUCUAAUUCUUCAAUCUCUGGAAUUAUCUACACAAACUGCUCCUGUAUCUCCACCAAGAAUGGACAGUCCUCAGCAAAGACCGGAUCUUGCCCUGUUAGCUGUGCCCAUCUGUUGCUGCCUGUUAUAUUCAUCAUCUCAUUUGCUGCAUUUAUUGCUUGCCUAUCUCACAACCCUCUCUACAUGAUGGUAUUACGAGUGGUGUCCUAUGAUGAAAAGUCUUUUGCUAUUGGAGUCCAGUUCCUAUUGAUGAGAUUACUAGCCUGGUUGCCAGCUCCUACCUUCUUUGGCAUCCUCAUUGACUCCUCCUGCAUAUGGUGGAAGAAAGACUGCAGCAAUAGGAGUGGAUCCUGCCAUUACUAUAACAAUAGCUUCUUCCGCAGCAGGUAUUUGGGCCUCCAGGUUGGCUACAAAAUUAUUGGCAUCCUGCUAUUAUCUUUUAUCAGCUGGAAGCUGACCAAGAACAAGGAAUACAAUGUGCAAGAUAAAGCUGCUGCCCUAGUGUAGCUCUGCACUACAAGACCAGCUUGAAGCAUCAUUUUGUAUCAUGGUUGUAUUUACUUAACUUGGCCUUUGUGCCUUUCUUUUUUAUAAUAUGUUUUUUUAACAAUACAGGCACCAUUUCAUAUUAGCAGCCGAACUUUAACUCCUACAUGACCUGUUUCUGCUGCAUAUAGUCCAGCCAAAUGAACAUGUUUGUGUUGGGGAAUGAAGGAGUCAAACAUCCACUCAGUAUUAAAAGAGAUUACACAGCCAACUCAUCUCACUGAGAGGAAUUGAAAUGAAAACAUCCACAGCCAGCAAAAGGGAGCCCCCAAGCUACAGCGGUUGAAGCACUUCAGGACUGGGCAAGAGAUGGAUCUCUCCCAUCCUGCAGACAGACAGUUGGAAGGAAGCAACCAGUUCUCUUGAUUUUAUGUCAAAACAAUGGAAAUGGCAAGUGAAAGCUGUUACGGUUAAAAGAACCCUAUGAGUCGCUUAGAAGUUGCUAAGGGGGAAGCAUUCCAGUUUGGCUCUGGGUCUUGGACUGUUCAACUCAAUCAACUUUGUUGCAUUAUCCAGACAUGGCCAAGGGAGGGAACUAAGGGAGAAGCAAAUUAUAACUCCACUCAAUCUGCUCCCUCUCUGCCUUUUCUUCUUCCUUGUCCUUUACUAUACAGGCCAGAGUGGAUAUAAAUGCCACUCAGUGUAUAUAAAGUUGAUUGUUGUGACAUGCUGACAUUUAAAUAAAAAACAUUUUUCUAGUUUGUUCUUUUUUUUUACUGACAGAUUUUGAAGAAACCACUUUGCCAAUAUUUUCCCUGCUUUUAAGCCUCCCUGUUGCUAUAGGCAUAUUGUGUUUGACUUUGGGAUUAUUUAAUAUGGUACUAAUCCAAAUUUUCAUUCUGUGAAUCUUGUUAGUAAUGCAACAGCUUUUAAUUACAGUAACAAAAAUAUAUGACUUUUCAUCAAGAAAUAAUUCAUUUCUUAUGUUACUUUCUUUUUAACUAGAAAGUGUAUCUCAUUAUUUGGGUCUUUCCCUAACUCCCUAAAAAAGAAAAGUACUUGGGGGUACAGAGAGAGAAAAUCUGUUGAGUUUCUUAAAUCUAAAACAAACCACUAAAUAUGUUAUUUAGCUGAUGACGAAUUAGGUAUGUUAAAAUUUGACCCACAUAAUCAAAGGUGGCACUUCUACUUUUUAUCUCAUGGGUCUCUAUUCUGCUCAGGGACACUAAAGAGAAAGAUGCAAAUGAACGACUGGAUCAAUAAAUUGAUUAUGAAGCAUGCCUUAAGGAGAGAGAUACACUGUGGUAAACAACUGUGUGCAUGUGUUUAUAUAAUUAUAAAGUUAGAAGGACUUAUAGGCCAUCUUGUCCAAUUUCCGGGAUUACUGUGUGGCACCUUCAAACCAUUUUUUAAGCAUCUGCAUAAAAGAAUAAAAACCUACCGCAAGGAAAUGUUGUACCACCACCUAGUGGCACAUUGAUUCAUGACAGACAUAUUUUGUUAUGCUUAACGUUCUCAGAGUUUCUUUUUUGUAUACUGUAUGCCAAGGCUGAGCGAUGGAGCAAUUUAAAGUAUAGCUGCUUUUGUUUAUUUCCAGUUUCACUAACAGUAUGAAGAUGAAAUACAUAUUGUAAACAAAGCCAGUGAAAGAAAAGCACCUGAGCCAUUUUAACUUGCAAGGCAUAAGAAGGUGUGAUUUAAGUGCUGGGUUGGCAGUGGGAGUAAUGGUGCUUAAACAUUACUUGCUUUUCAGUUGUACCCAAACUCCCCCCUUUUCCUAGUUUCUACCAAGUUUAACAUUUAUUUGAGAACCCAAUGAUGGCAAAAUAAAAUAGUACAAAUUGAACAGGAAGAUGGUUUGGAGAGUUAUCUGUAUUUGUAUGUUCAAGUACACCAUUCCUUCUGCUGCCAUUGUAAACACACACAUGUACAACAUACACUUUUGAUACACAUAAUAAAUUUGUUUUAAAAGCAAA